UAAACCCUAUCCCCAAUUCCAGUCGACUGAUCAAAAUCACCCUAUCCCAACUCCACUGAUAUUCAUUCAAUUACAUAAUUUUAGUGCCAAUCCACAAACGAAAUAGAAACCAACGGUCAUAACUGUCACCAAAACAGAGCUUCCUUCCAAUUCAAUGGCACUUUGCUUCUCUGCUUCACUUUCAUUUCCCAAGCGUCACCCUCUCAUUUCUACUCCUCAUAACAUCUCAAGAAAGAGAAAUCUACCACUCAUUUGCCGAUCAAACAGCGAUUCCGAUGAGGAUUAUUUGUUGGAUGCUCCAGUUUCAAUCGGAGAUGGAUUUUCCUUCAGUGGGGGGAAAUACUCAGACGAACCAAGCCCUGCUGAUGAAUGGUUCAAGCAAGGAAAGAUUGUGAAAGCACACCCUGUUGGUGGAACUGGUGAGAAGGCCAAGGAUCCGAUUUUUGGACUUGCUAUGGCCGGUUCUUCGCAAGCCUCUACUGAUCUUUUCAGAUGGUUCUGCGUUGAAAGUGGAAAUCCUGCUAACCAGACAGUGAUUUUAAUUCAUGGUUUUCCAUCACAGGCAUAUUCGUACCGCAAGGUUCUACCCAUUCUCUCUAAGAAUAAUCAUGUUAUUGCUUUUGAUUGGCUAGGAUUUGGAUUCUCAGAUAAACCCCAACCCAAAUAUGGCUUUGACUACACAUUGAAAGAAUUUGUAGAUUCCUUAGAUUCUCUCGUCAACGAACUCUCAAAAGAUAAGUUUACUCUUGUUGUCCAGGGAUAUUUUUCACCAGUUGUGGUUAAAUACGCUCAAGAUCAUCAGGAAAAGCUUAAUAAUCUCAUCCUACUAAAUCCCCCACUGACUGUGAAACACGCCAACUUGCCAUCAACGCUUGCCAUUUUCAGCAACUUCUUGUUAGGAGAAAUAUUUUCUCAGGAUCCUCUGCGAGCCAGUGAUAAAGCCUUGACAAGUUGCGGUCCCUAUCAGAUAAAGGAAGAAGUUGCAAUGGUUUAUAGAAGACCAUACCUCACAUCAGGCUCUUCUGGAUUUGCUCUGAAUGCCAUUAGCAGGUCGAUGAAAAAGGAGCUAAAGGGGUAUGUAGAAGAUAUGAGAAGAAUCCUUGGGGAUAAGACGUGGAAGGUCCGAACAAGCGUUUGCUGGGGCGAAAGAGAUCGUUGGUUAAGCUUCGAAGGUGUGGAAGAUUUCUGCAGAGAAUCCAACCAUCAACUGAUCAAAGUCCCUAUGGCAGGGCAUCAUGUGCAGGAGGAUUGCAGCGAGGAAAUAGCAAAUAUCAUUGCCAGAAUCCUAAGAGCAUCUCCUAUGGCGCCCCUCCGGUAGGACGUCCGGUCGGACACCGGGAAGGGCGACGGGACGUCCGCCGUUGGGAGGUCGGAGGUCGGAUACGGACGUCCCGUGAGGACGUCGGGUG